AUGGUAGAAGACAACGCGGAGGCAGCUCCUGCCGUCAGUGCUACCGCCGAAGAGGGGGCGGGCGGCGCUCCCAGCACGGGUAACACGCCAAGUUGUGAUAUUCUCGCGUCCUCCGGCGCAGAUACGGACAGUGGCGACAAUGCAGGAGGUAUCUAAAGCAAAAAAUUAAGAUUCAGUUUCCCGUAGCAACAGCAAAAAUUAGGACUUACCUACCUAACAGUGAAGAGUUAAAAAUCGAGAUGUAGAUCAUGAUGUGCUACUGUUCGUCCUGGCUUCUACAAGGAGAAAGACAAGAAGAAGUACGAAUUUAAUCGCACGGGUCGCAGUCUCAUAUUUUUGUUCCCUUGUGCAUCAGAUAGCGCAGCGUCUUGUUUUAUGAAAAUUCCCAGGUAGCAAAUCUUCUGGCUCAGCUUCAUCUGGUUCAGCCGCCAGCUCCUCCGCGAGUACGGCACCUGGUGGUGCGAAAGCGAGAGCUGUUUCUGCUUCAGCCGAGGACCCGACCACCUCGGCGACAGGCGGAAAUAGCGGAGGUGCAGCUUCUGCAACGGCAUUUAAUACUGGCGCCGUAGCCGCGACCUCCACAGCAAAUCAAAAUAACGCAUCAAACGGGGGGAACGGCAAGAUGUACAGCGGGGCCGCGACAAAUAAUGCGACAAACUGGUGGCAAAACCAGAACAAGCAGGGGCAGCAGGGCCAACACGGAGUAGACGGAAGUGCACUACCUCGGACGGCCAGCCGCGGCAACACAUCAAAGCAGCUGAAACAGCACAAUAGCACGGGCGGCAUGCUAAACAGCACGCAAAGCUGGGGGGGCCCGCAGAGUCAGCUGCAGGGCGCCUCGACGUCGAAACUUAGCCAGCACAACGGACAACAAGGUGGCUCGCAGCAGAACAUGGUACAACUGCUAGUGGUGCCCAAUGAUUUAUACAGUGACGCAAACGUCGCAUUCAUUAUAAGUGGUCGUGGUGAUCAUGAAAGUGAAACUGGAACAGUUGUUUUUUCCGCAUAUAAAAAUUUGCUUGCCCAAUUUUUUUUUUCGCGUACAAUUUCAAUUUCUGAUCACGACAAUCAUUUAUACAGCACAACAACUACGGUUCGUCGUCGAAUUGGGGAUCUUGGUUCAACGGAUCGGCGAAGAGCUGGGACAAUAAUUGGGCUCAGCACUGGAAGGGCAUGGAACAAAACGUGCAGACUACGAGCCUGUCGAAACAGGGCAGCGUGGGUGGGCAGUCCACGCAGUUCCCCGCGGCCUCCGGGGCCUCCGGAGCCACCGCAAUGAACAGCAAAACCGCUAACGACAGCAAGAUGACGCAUAUCUCCCUCGGCGCGGGCGUGGUAUCAAAUGUAAAAAUGUCUGGGUCUGGAAGGUUGCAACUUGUGAUGCUGUCUUUGGAAGGUAAAAAAAAUCUGUAUUGCAUGACCAGCAAGAGGAGUUCAGUUUGUGCUACGCGGAGGGGGCGUUUCUCAUGCGGAAUACGCAUCAGAAGGCCCUUUAAAAAUCUGUGAUGCUCGGCCAUGCAUUACAGGCAUCAUGGGUUAUGCAAAAUAUGCAUGAAAAACCUAGUAAUCUUCCAGACCCAGACAUUUUUACAUUUGAUACGUGGACUCGCAGAACAACGCCGGCACGACCAUGGUUCUUCCGGGUGGAGAGCAGCAAGAUCCAUCGAGCGGAGGAGCUGCAGGUGAACAGAACAAAAAUGUCGACGUCGUCAGUAGCUACUUUAAUUACAACAAUUUGCAGAUCCAAAAACAAGGACAUGGGCCGCAGCACGCCGCUGGAGGAGGUCAGAAUCCGUUCUACCACGCCGCUGGAGGAGGUUCUCAAAGGGGCGGCGACAUGAACAUGAUGUCCUGGAACAAGAAAAAAAACGAAUUCACGAGCACCAACAGCAAGAUGGCUAUGUCCGAGCACUCCGACGCGGGCAAUAAUAUGCGCGGUGGAAGCAAGCCCUACCACGCAGCCUCGUCUUGGGCCAACAACAAUAACCGUGGUGGACCGCAGGGGAUGAACCUAGCGCAUGGAGGCGGGGGCUUCAACGACGGUAUACGAGUAAUUGCAAUUCGUAUGUAAUUCGCCACUGCGAGCGAACAGUCACUUUCAACACUCUCUGUCUUUUUUUUACUUUACGGUAGUGCAAGUCAAACGGCAUUGCUCGUCAUAGUUUUUCUUCAGAAAAAAAGGAUGGCUGAAAUCGCAACUACAACAAGUAUACGCUCCGCCGCAUUAUGAAUACCUGAUGUAGAUGAAAAACGAAUAUCCUACACCAGGGCAAGACGGUGCCACAGUGAUAAGUGCAAGUGGCAGUGAAAAUCCCAACGGGGCGUACAACAUGGGAAACAACCAAUACUCUAUGAACAACAUGGCAGCCGCGGGCGGGCAGCAGCCAAACAACAACAACCCGAAGUGGACUCGCGGAAACAAAAUUCCGCAAAUGGAGAGCGCCGCCAUGCAACUGGCGAACUUUUCCAACAACAAUCAGCGUGGGUCCGCCAAUGGAAACAAUACGGGGGCGCCGGGCACAGCAGGUCUUGUGGGCGGGCUGGCGCAGCAGCAGCCUCAGUUCACCACGGCGAACAACAAUGGCGUCAACAACAAUCCGCAGAUAAACCUGAUGAGCAUGCCGAGUAAUGGUCCUCAAGUCCAGCAGCACCACCAGCAGCUAGGGAACAAUAACAUGGCGAAUGCUGCCGGGGGGACCAUGGGCGUUACUAUGGGCGGAAGUAUGAAUGGUGGCAACAACAUGCAGCAAAUGUCGCAGCCGCAGCAGCAGAUCGGCACAUUGGGGACCUCCGGCAUCCAGCAAAUGCAGAUGCAGUCGGGGGCAAACAACAUGCAGAUGCACCAAAUGCAAAUGUCUGCCGCGACUGGAGGUGGUCCACUUUCGCAGCACCAGGGGUCUUCCGCAGUCAUGAAUGGAAUGGCCACCGGGCAAAAUACAGGCAACAACAUGCAACAGCAGCAGGGCUACGGAACUUCGUCAACGAACUCGUCUCUGCAGCAGUCUGGGACAAGCACAAGCUCUUCGUUUUUCAGUGCGACUAGCGGAGUUGUGCCGUUUGUGCCCGGUGCAGCGCAGCACAAUGCUGCGGGAAACGCGAUGUCUCUCGCGCAAAAGCAGCCACAGCAUCUUGGGGCAAACGCAUACAAUACGAGUUCUGGCGCCGCUACCAGCGCGAGCAGCUCGUCCGCAGUUGGGACCAUGAGCAUGAGCGCAAUGGCUGGAGCAGCAGGAGCGGGCAACAACCCCGGAAUGAUGAUGGGUGCAGCCGGCGCACCCGGGGGAAUGAAUAUGGCCGGAGAUGCGCAAAUGAAUAUCAAUCAGCAGCAGCAGCUAAUGAUGAUGAACAAUGCGAGUGGGCAGGCACAGGGAAUAAACAAUGCCGCCGGAACAAAUUUCGCGAAUUAUUCGACAGGUACUGUUUACUGAAAAAUUGAUCUUCAUUUCGAUUUCCGCACAGAUUGAGAUUCAUUUUUGAUAUUCGGUUGAUAUUGAGCUCGUGUUCGUCGUGAUUUCGUCCUAAUUUGAAAAAUUAGGCACCAUGGGCGGACAGCAGCAACCCCAGGACCAGCAGCAGUUUCUGAACGCGCAGCAGCAGCAGCAGCAGCAAGUGGCGCAGCUGCUGCUCGUGAACAACCAAAACGCGAUGUUGCAGCAACAGGUUAUUAAUAGCCCGCCGCAGCAACAGCAGGUAGCACCGCAAGUGCCGCAGCCGACCCUGACGACCCCACUCCGGUUCCAGGCACCACCCGCAAAGACCGUGCUUGCCAAGAUGAACCAGGAACAGUUGUUGGAGCACGUCCGCGUCGUGCAGCGAACUGAUUGGCUUUUGCACAAAGACUGGAUGGCGCAUUACACACUGAAAUCGGGGAUGGUGCCCGUGCAUCCUGACCCGAACAAGGUGGGGCCAUACGCGUCGUUAUUGCAGUCCGGGUUUCGGUUCCGCCCCACGCCUGCUACCGCGAACAGCAGCAGCAAGACGAAUGCAGCAAUAAAGUAUUUCAACUGCUUGGAGCUUCUUCUGUUUUGCUUGUAGUUUCAGUUUCUUCUAGUACUUCUGUUGUCGAGGCACGUGGUCUAGUUUUCGUCUAUUGCUUGGACGAGUAAAAGACUAAAUGAUCGUGUUGAUGAAGGCGUAGCAGACGAUCGUGGUUGUACCCCCAGAGGCUCGCUCUAGAUAUAUGAUUUUUCAUAUGCCCAGAAAUUCGAAAAAUAACAGUGGUGUCGCGACUGCAAGACCGGAAGGCGAGGAGCAGCCCCGGAAGGAGAGCCCACCACCUAUGCUCGCGGAGGCCCAAGCCCAAGCAGGCCAACCGCAGAUGCAACAGAAUCCCAGCACCAGUUCUAGCUCCUCACCAACGUUCGACUUUCUCGGUCUGAAGAAAAGCAGCUUCAGUGCGACGGUUUCCAGUACGACCUCAACCAACGCAGGCAUAGGCAACCAACAACCAGUCAACGCCGGGGGUGCGCUGAACGCCACGGGAGGUGGUCAGCAGAUGGGAAUGGUGCAGCAGCAAGUAGUGGGUCCACCAGGUGGUGGAGGAAGUACCAUGACGACUACUGGGGCGGCAGGACCUCCAGGCACGCUCACAAACAUGACUCCGCAGCAGCAACAGGCGAUGCAGCAAAAUAACGCUGGCACGCAGUUGCAGAUGGCGGGCACAGCAGCGCCUUACAGCGUGCAGCGUGUCCCGAGUCAAGGCGGAGCGCUGACGGCGCAACAGCUGCAACAGGCCCAGCAACUGCAACCGAGCCAUCAGCAGUUGCUGGCCCAGCAAAACCAGCACCAGGCCCAGCAACAACAGCAGCAGCAGCAGGUGCUUCUUAUGCAACAACAGCAAUACGGUAGUUCCAGCGGCUCGGGGUUUUCUACUGCUGACCAGCAACAGAUGCUGAUGAAUCAGCAGCAGCAGCAAAUGAUGCAGCAGCAGCAGCAGCAAAUGAUGCAGACCGGCACUACCGGAGCUGCUGGUGCUGGCGCUACGUCAAUGGAACAACAGCAGCAGCAGUACAAUAUGAUGAUGGCUUCGAGUGGGACCAUGGGAGGCCAAACAAAUCAGCUCCAGCAACAACAAGGGAUGAUGAGUGGAGCCAAUAAUUACGUGGGGCAUCAGCAGCAGGACCUUGGUGCUGGUAGCUCCAUCGGGACGUCGGGAAUGAUGUACGACGCGACUGGCGCUAGCCAGGGUCAAAAUAUGGCUUUCGCAACUCAGCAGCAGCAGCAGCAAUACAUGAUGCAGCAGCAGAUGCAGCAGCAGCAAUUUGUCGACCAACAGUCAAUGAUGGCGCAAAAUAAUAUGAGUAGUUUUGUUUCCCCAAAUUUGAACAACGCCGGCCAGCAACAGCAGCAAGGCACUGUGAUGGGGAUGCAGCAAAUGAACAUGAAUCAGCAGCAGACUGGUGGCUACAACACCUCCGGCGGAAGUAUGAACCCCGCCGGUGGUGCCAAUUAUGGCGGUCCAGUCAGUAGUGGUCAACAGCCCUCGUCUGUGAUCAAAAAUGGCGGAACGAUGGGGAGCAGCAACCUGGGCAGCGCCCAAGCGCAGCAGCAAAACAUGCAGAGCAUGCUGCCGACGGGUGCAGCCGCGGCGCAACAAGGCGGCUACGGGACCAUGACGCAGUACAGCGCUGCGAGUACAACCGGCAACAACAUGAGCAACGGCAUGGCGACGACCGCUGGUGGUGCGGCGCCGGCGCAUCAGUCCCCCGCACCUUACGGCGCGAUGAAUCCCGGCUUGGGCGGAACGAUGGGUGCUAUGCAUACUGCGGCUGCUGGAGGAGCAGGCAGCAACAGCAUGCAAGGAGCGGGCGCAGGUAACCAUGCGUCCGGUCAACAAGGACAACAGCAGCAGCACGGUCAACAUCAGCAGAUGUCGUGGGCGGGCAGUGCAACGUCGAAUAAUCAACAGUGGGGCGCCGGAAACAAUCAGUCGUGGUCUUCAUGGACAGGAAAUGGGGGCGGCCAAAGCAGUGCGAACAGUCGAAACGCCGGCGGCGCGGGAAAUUCGAUACAUGCGGCAGGCGGUGCAGCUCCUGGCAACGCGAAUGCUGCUGGUGGAAAAAACAACACCAUGGCGAUAAAUUUGAGCAGCUACAAUAGCCAGGGGAACAGUUACAACGGUAAGCAGAGAAACUGGAGCAGUACAAGCUCAAACUCCUCCUCGGGAUCGGCUUCCUCAGCUUCGUCUGCAUCCGCCAGCAACAUCAUACAGGUCGGAGCCAUGAAGAAAGGUGGGCCGAUGUUGAACAAUAACCAAAGCAACUACAACGGCCAAGGUGCAACCGACUCGCAGCAGAAUCUACUCGAGACCGCGGGCGGUAACAAGAAAAGCCAGACUCCGCAGGCCUCCGCUGGCGGAGAGGCAGCUGCGUUUGUUCCCAACACGAGCAACACUGGCGGCAAGAAAAGGAAAGACAGUGGAGCCAACAUGCAACAAUCCGCGCAACAAGGAGAGGGCGAACACAACAACUCAUCCUCUGCCCUUGAAAUAUCGACGGGGCAAGAUGACCACCCACCACAUCCCCAACCCCCCAGUACCCCUGCGAGCCGCAGUAGCGCAAUGGAUUCGCCGAGCCGCACCAAUUCCGCGGCGAAAAGCCAGGACGGCGGGGGCGGCGACAUCUAUGCGGCUUUUGCGGGCGACACGCGCAAGAAGCUGCCGCUCGCGGGCUGGAGUGUCGCGGGGACGGGCACCGUGCUGAACACGGGCGCGAUCUCGCUGACGGGCGCCCAACCCGGGACGCCGGCGGGCGCCGGCUCUGGAAACAAGAAGAACGUGUCCAGCACGGCCUCGGGAUCCGUGCCGUCGGAUUCGGAUCAAGGAGGGGUGUCCAGCGGAACCGACAGUGCCACGGCCACGGGGGGAAAAGGGCGGCCGGGAUCGCCGGGCAGCCGAAAAUUCUCCACCUUCAGCAACAGCCCCAAGGGGAAGGACAAAUGGAAGAAGCCAAAAGGACAACUCUCCGGCGGCCAGGCCGCGGCGUCAAGCACAGCCCCUCCGGUCUCUAGCAGUGCAGCUACUUCUACUCCUUCCCCCGCGAUUCCUGCUGCUUCGUCGGCAGAGGAGAAGUAGAACGGCCUUUGCAUUUGCUUUUCAUCAUAGGGACGGGCAGAAGCACACUGCGUAUGCAACUGAUCGCCAUGGUCCCAACGCUCGUAGUUGUUGUGCUUGAGAAGUUUUUUCAAACCAGCAUCAAGAUCGAAAGACAUAUACAUCACUCAAGAAGGCAAAUAAUGUCGUGACCCUCGAACGAACUAAAAGACAUACCCAGAAAUAACACAAAAAUAGAUUUGAAUUUAGAAUUUGUGAUUGCUAAAAUAAAAGCAGCGGAAUAUCCCUCAUUUACAAGAAGCACGUGACCAUCUGUAUUACUUUUUAGCUACGACGAGGUGUUUAGAACUGUUACUCAAUAAAGACAAAUAGACAGGCACAGCUGUCCAAUACUAGUAAAGUAGUUCACCGACAAAUGAUUUGAGGAAUUCAGGAGUCCCAACGUCAUCCCCAUCCUGUUGGUUUUGGAAGAGACCAGCGUCCACCUAUGGUGGAGCUAUACGCUUUACUCUGGCUCAGUAGCUCGUUGUAGUCGACCAGGUCGAGAGGCAUCGAUCGCUGCCCUUGUUGCCACCACGAUUGCACACACGCUAAUCCACGACGUCUGUACGGUGAUGAUGUUUCAGCAGUACGGUAUCUUUGCGAUCGAGAUAUUGUUGUGGCUCAACCACCGCGGACACACCGCCAACAGGGCGUGUACCAGUUUCCGUAUGACUAUGAGAACUUCAUUCACCCGGUAAGAAAGCGUACUAAAACAAGAUAAGUAAAAAUACCGCUACUACGAUGAAGGCCGCGCGUGUGGACCUUUUCAAUUUCGAAGACUGGGCUUUGCUUUCAAGACCGAACAAUUGAUGCUAGCUUUCCAAGAAAUUCAAUCCACGGCGAAUAAUGUCUUGGAGACGAAGAAAGGAACACACCGCGACAAAGGCACAUCUUGGAACUUUCAUCUACAACUGCUCCGCCUCAUUUUUCAUUUCCCGUGAGGUAAGUGGCAUUAUCACACCCCCUCUAAUUCCGAUUGUAAUUUGAUCAACCGUGACCGUGACAAGAAAACAAAAAUAAAAGCAUCUUUACAUCUGCAGGCGAAAACAAAAAAGCUUUUGCUUACAAGCAUACAACUAUUCAUCACACUAGAGCUAGAACUUCUGCAAGCGACUCUAUACAUUUCUGACAAUCGAUUAUUCUAAAUCUUACAGAUACAAGACUGACAACAAGUAUGAAACGCAGCUUCCUAGUGCCGGAAACUAGCGUGAUGCAAGCACGUGCAUCGAAUUAUCUUUGUGUGUUGCGAUAUGGUGUUGAAAGUAACUACAUGGAUGUCCUGCGACUAUGUAGGUUGUACCAGGACGCUCCACCAUCAAGAGAGAGCUUUGAUAGCUUUCUUUUUCCUGACCGCUAUCUUGCUGGUUUUGUUAAAAACAAAUAGUACCACUGCCACUACCAGCCACUACAUUAUGAGUAUCAGGUUGAUACACCGGCAGGUGCGGGGACAUACUUAAUAGUCUUUCCAAGCGGGUACCCUCUAGCGGCCAACGUGGAAUAUUAGAUCGUACGUAGUCUACUACCAGGACAACAGGAGUAUGACCCUCAUCGUCCGGCUACGUAGAUUAUGAACACCAUCCGUAGAAAAAGGCGUGUUGGCAAGGCAAGAGGAGCUGUAUUUCCCGUCGACAGAUUUUCUUUUUCAAUAUCAGCACGAAGCAGUGCUUAACUAUUUGAUGUAUCCCACCCAGCCAUGUACUCACAAAGUAGAAGGAGCCCCGAUAAUUGUUAACGGCUGUUGUCGAAGUUGUAUAUUGUAUAGUUGAGGUAGAAGUUAAAAAAUUUUAUUUUUUACCAAAUCGCAAUCAGCCUUUUUGAGGACCUCCACUAGGGCAGAAGGAAUCUGAUGUUGAUCAGGAAUUUUUGCGGCAACUAGACACUCAUGUACAACUUUUGUUGACACAACUUCUAUUGGUCUUCUGUGAUAAACAAGACAUUGUGGAGGUAGUCCUGCGCUCCUCGGUUGGUGUUUGUUUUUGCUCGCGUCGUGCCAGCAACGAAGAAAAACUUGCUGUGCCGCUCGAGUUAAGCUUAAGACACCGCCGUGAGUGCCACCGCCACUAUUAGGAGGUGCGUGCCACUCGACCUAUUUUGUCAGUACGAUAGCAAACCUAGAACCAGAACUACGAUUUCAACAAGACAACAACACAAGAAAACAGACACUGACGGAGAUUCAGAUUCUGGGUCAACGGUGUGGAUUUGUUUCUGCUCAGAUAUUGGAUCGAUCACACAUCAUUCAGAAGCUCUGUGAUGAUUUGAGCAGAAGAGGGUCCAUUACCAACACCGUAAAAGUAUUGCAGAUUCGACGAACGGCUACGAAGACAACAAAACUUUUCAAACAACGAGGGCAAAGCGCAACCUUCGAGCAGAAGGAACGUCGUGGCGAAUCCGGCUGUUCUACUUCGUUAGUUUGGUAGCUAGGGGAUUUUUUUCCCCGUGGGAAUGAAAAACUGGUUGGGGUGAGUUGUUUUUGCGGCGAAAAUGGUUGUACAUAACGACACGGAGAAUUGAUGACAUUGAGAGCAAAAAAAAACAACAAGCUGCUCACAAGAAC